AUGGGAUGGAAGGCAAUUGAGCUGGAAGAGUACGAGAGUUCCGCGCCUGCCGUACAGGCGCAUUUCCACGCCGUCCGGGCCGAAGAAGCGCUGCGAAAAGACGACUAUGGCCAGGCCGAGAAAGAAGGUCACUUGGCCAGUAAAAAGUUCCUCGAAGCAGCUCAACGCGUCUCGGACAAGCGCACGAUCGACGCUCUCGUGAUGUUGGCUGAAAAUUACGAGUACCGGGCGAAGGUCGCGCGUGCGAGGAACCCGGAUCCAGUGGAGAUGCGAGCGGAGACGAAAGAAGUGACCACGAGAGAGAUGUGUCCAGAUCGUCUCGCUCGUCUUCGCUAUGCAGCAUGUCAGGAGACGGUGCAGACUACAUCUGGAGAUCUGGGGGAUCCAGAAGAAGGGCACAAGGUCGAGACGCAGCUGCACGUGGCAGCAGCAGAGAUGGAGGAGCUCUGGAGACGGCUGAAUGAGAUUGGGCUGUCUUGUCCUGGAUCGGCAGACAAGAACUUGCUUAUGUCGUCACGACAUUUGUCGUCAUCGUUGGGGGAUUCGUUUUGUUUGCUGCCUGCGAAAACAAGGAGCACGAUUGGAGUAGUAGCGACUGCAGUGAAUGGAGGCUCGACGUUGCGAGCUGCUGUGGCGUCUAGGAUGAGAAAUCAGCGUCAACGACUAAUGGAGCAGCAACUGGGUGGACGUGGUCCGUCAGAUCCGCGGCGAUCGGGUGAUGCGCCGAUGAGCGGCAACGGGUUGGCGUCAUAUGUAAAGGAAGACAAAGAACGGUCCGUUGGUAGCGGAAACGAGUCGGCUUGCAGGCAAGAAGAAUUGGAUGGACUGCAAGACAAGGUUGCUCACCAGAAGAUGGAGAUUGCUCGACUGCUCAACACCGUAAAGACUCUUAGUAGCGAGAACUCCAAGCUCGUGAAUAAAUGCGAAGCGUUGACGAAUAUACAAGCGGAGAACCGUGAGAUUCGUGAGUCUAUGGAUCGUUUCAAGAAGGACUACAAUCAGAAGUUGGUGAUGAUCAAGAGGGCGCUAGAGGAAUGGAGACGUCAGCGAAAUUGUGCUGUCCAGACCUCUCCACAGCCGAUGAGUGCAGGAGGGGUUGAUUCUGUCUUGAGUGAUAAAGUGAAGGCACAGGAGGAACAGAUCACGAAACUGAUGCAAGAGAUGAAAGAGAAGGAUGAUCGCAUCGCCAAGUAUGACAAGUGGUACCAGACGCUGAAAGCAGGUGCGAAAGCAAAGCAGCUCAGUCAGAGCCGCGAAAGCAGCAAUGAAGCGAGCAGCUUCAGCAGUUCAAACAGCUUCGUGCAAAGCGGCGGCGGAAGUCUCAGCGGACCUAGUAGUAGCCCGUACACGAGCGGCAGCAAUUUCCGCGGCCUCAGUCCAGGGUCAUCCGAGCUCGCAGGCAGCAGCAGUUCGAGCGCGCUUCACCAGUUCAGUCGUCCUCCUGCGCACCCGAACCGUCGGGCACUUUAG